GAUCAGCACAGUGGAGGAUUGUGGGAUAGAAAGCUAUCGCCACGGCAACAGCAGAGUUUAGCGAGCAGAAAUCUGCUGCUAGCAGAACAGUAACGGCGAUUAAUUACUAAAGAAACCUCGUUCACACAAAAAUACUGGUUUAGUUUGUGGCCAUGAACGAAUCAGUAGCCAAAAAGACCCAGGAGGCUCUGGGAAAAGUGAUCAAAAAGCCUCCUCUGACAGAAAAACUGCUCAGCAAACCGCCGUUUCGAUACCUGCACGACAUCUUCAGUGAGGUAAUACGUACCACAGGCUUUAUGAAAGGACUUUAUGGAGAAGCAGAGAUGAAGUCAGACAAUGUGAAGGACAAAGACUCAAAAAUUGCGUUCCUCCAGAAGGCCAUCGAUGUGGUGAUGCUAGUCAGUGGAGAGCCCUUAGCUGCCAAACCUGCUCGGAUCGUAGCCGGACAUGAACCAGAGAAAACCAACGAGCUGCUGCAGGUCAUUGCUAAAUGCUGUCUCAACAAGCUCUCCAGUGACGAGGCUGUAAAGCGGGUGUUAGCAGGAGACAAGCUGGAUCAGAAGGGGAAGCCCAGCACCUCCAGAUCCCAGGACAAGGAGAACAGAGAGGGCAGGGAGCGCCACCGAGACCGAGAGGAGAGGAAUGGCAUUAAGGAGAGCAGUAGAAGCAGAGAGCAGAAAGAUCCAGAUCAACCGAAAGAUCCCGAGAGCAAGAGGGACGACAAGGACCGCCGACAAGAUGCAGAGAGGUCUGACAAGGGGCGCGAAAGAGACCGGACAAAAGACAGAGACAAGGACAAGAGCCGGGAUCGGGAGAAAGACAAGACCAGAGAGAAGGAACGUGAGCGAGAGAAGGAGAAGGACCGCAACAAGGAGAAGGAGAAGGAGCGAGAUAAAGAAAGGGAUAAGAAAAGAGAACGGGAAUCUCACAAAGACAGAGAUAGAGAACGAGACAAGGAGAGAGAUCGCGAGCGUGAGAAACGAAGGGAGAGAGAAAAAGACAAAGAGGAGAAGCUGAAGGAUAGAGCCGAUAGAAAGAUCAAGGCAGCAGAGAUCAGCAAGUCAAAGCCUAACCCAGAGAUCGCAAGUAAAACACAUGAAGCUGAAGCAGAAGAGGCGGAGGGCGGUGAACUAGAGCCUACAGAUUUCUCUGAAAUCCAGGCUGAGAGUCCUUCCCGGAUGCCAAGGCCCUCAUCGGCUAAAGGACAGAGGCGGUGGCCCAAAACAAGAGGUCAAGGUACUAAACAAGAUGAGACUGAUAGCGAAGGAGAAGCGGACAUCCCUUCACCAGAGAAACCAGUCCCCAUUGAGAAUGGAGAAGCAACGGAUUCUGUGCCACCCCAGACAAUACACAGAAGAUUACCACGGCCCAGCAGCGCUCGACCGGCAGCCCCCCGCGUCAAGCGACAGGAGAGCUACACUGAUGUGACCCCAGCAGAGAGGCUGGGCAGUGGCAAGACCCCCGCAACGGUCAUUUUGGAUGACAAGAAGCUCUCUGAAGAUGAGGAUGAUGAAGAUGGGCAUUUUGUAGUGGAGGAGGCAGUUCCACCUCCCCCUGACAUAUCAGAAAUGGAGCGUAAUUCACUUGAACUGCAAGGGGAUGACAAACAUGGUGGGCUUGUGAAAAAAAUCCUGGAGACAAAAAAAGACUAUGAAUCAUCUCCAUCCACAAAGUCAAAAGAACAGGAUCGGACGCUGGUGUCGGAGGUGUCUCGUAAGAAAGAACGAGAACUGGUGGCGAAGGAGAUUGAGCGCUUGCGUUCGUCCAUACAGACGGUGUGCCGUAGCGCUCUGCCCCUGGGCAAAAUCAUGGACUACAUUCAGGAGGAUAUGGACUCCAUGCAGAAUGAAUUGCAGACUUGGCGCAAAGAGAACAAGGAGAACGCACAGGCUCUGUUACAGGAACAAAGAAUCACGGACACCGUUGUGGAACCUCUGAAGUCCGAGCUCGCUGAACUGGAGCAGUUAAUCAAAGACCAACAGGACAAGAUCUGCGCAGUCAAGUCCAACAUCCUGAGGAACGAGGAGAAGAUCCAGAAGAUGGUAUCCAGCAUCAGCUUCUCCUCACAAACAUGAAUAUCAACACAUCCCAAAUGAUAGCUGAAGCACUGAGCAGUGGUGAGAGCUCCUGUUACUAGACCUGAUGUCUUUGAGCCGGCACUGGAGAGACUUGAGGAGGCCAGGAAUCACCCUCCUCAAACCCCCUUCAAGUAAGGUGCCUUCUGUAAGACCCAGGAUCUGUUCGCGGUGGUCCACACUCGCACGUCUGCAGUAGAUUUGCACUUGUCACUUACUUGAGAGAUAAAUGUGUGGUCACCAUAUUGAUGUGUCCUGUAUUUUUUUUUAAAAUGAUCUCCAUAUUCUCUUGGGAAAACAGACUGACUGGAUAAUUUUAUUUUUAUUUUGUUUUUCCAUUCAGACUGACAGCCUUUUUUUUGUCUCACAAGAGAACCUUGGCAAUGAUAAUAUAGGAUUAUAAUUGGCAAUGAUAUAUGAUUAUAUAUGUGUAUGUAUACCGUAUGUGUGCAUAGACACAGCACACACAUAUAUAUAAUUUAGUAAGCAAUAAAGAUGCCCUUUAGAAUUGCCAAAAAUUGGAGACACUACACACGCACCUCUGCACUUUGACCAAUGAGACCGUCAUACAGCACAUCAUUUACUUGUACACAUUAAAAACCUCUCAAGUUGCUUAAUGUAAGUUUUAAGAAAUGAGAUGAGAUGGCAUGAAUGUGUUUUA